AUGUCCUGGAUUGCAAAGACCACAAGAACCAGCUUGAGAUUGCAGCGUUCCCCCCUCGCACGGGUGGCCGCAUCAUUUGGAUCAUCUUCCGCAGCCGGUAGAAGGCACUUCAGCCAGAGCAGCAUCCACGCACACGGCAGUGUCAUUGGCGGCAAGACGUUUGGGUUUGGACUAGUGGGUGCAUUGACAACCGUUGCUGUGACGGCAGGUGUCUACUCCACCUUCUCUAGUCAAAACAUCCGCUCAGACGCCGGUGUAGACACCGUUUCCGUGGUAAGCUCGGUGGACCCGCUUCCGACCAAGCUCACGGCACCAUUGUCCACCACCUACGACUUAAUCGGGUACGGUAUCCGGGAGGUUUCGUUUUUGAAGUUCCAGGUUUAUGCCUUGGGCUUGUACAUUGCUGAGGACGACCUAAAACUCGUCAAGCAAAUUCUCAACUCGAAGUUCAUCGAAAGCUUCUACGAAGACAUUCAGCACGCCACAACGCCCGAAGAACACAAGGAAAACCUCUCUCGUGCACUGAACGACCCCAGUGUGUCUAACAUCCUCAUCAGAAACCUGCUCACCAGCGGCGUCAGGUUUACUGCGAGAAUUUGCGCCGUCAGAAACACCGACUUGAGUCACUUGAGGGACGGCUUCAUCAGAACCAUCAAGAACAACCCGAACUACGGCAAGCUGAUGAAGUCCGAGGAUGAGACAGUAGGCGAGAGGAUUACCAAGGGUUUGGAGGACCUCAGAGACACGUUCAACACUGCCAAGAUGUCAGCCAAGAAGAACUCCCUAGUAUUCAUGGAGAUCGACGAGAACCAGCACAUCAGAGUGACUGUCGAAGCUAUUAAGAAGGCCGGCACAAGUGAGAGAGGCCAGCCAGUCGUGCUUGGCACUGUCAAGGAGCCGCUUGUAACCCAGUUGUUGUUUGAGAGCUACGCUGGCGCCGAAAAGCCCUUAAUCAAAUCUGUUCAGGCCAUCGCCUCCCAGAGCAUUGUCGACGCUGUUUGCUAA